UCCGGAUCUCAUACGACCUAUCUACGCACUGGACACGGAAGCCCUCGGAAUCCUCGACCGCACGCAUACUACAGACGCUACCUUACGUAUGGCGGCGCUCAACGCCCUCGUGCGGCGAUUUCCACAAUGUGUCAAUCCACUGGCUUGUGCCUUGUUCUUGUGUCUGUUGGUUAACAUGACCCAGACACGCAAAGCCGAUAAACGCAAAUGCGUUACUCUGGGAUUUACUUCGCAAUUAAAAUGCAACUCUUGCAAAGAACUAAGACAAUUUAAUCUCACUGACAUCGAAAAUAAUUGUUUAGAAUGCUGCGAAGAGGAGGAAGCAUUACCGACUGUUAAAAGAUAUCCGUUUGCCGAACUUGUUACGUGCUCCUGAUCUUUGGAGCGAUACCCUCAAGUUCUGAAUUUUAUCAGCUCCAAGGAACGUAAGAUUUUCAAGGGGCUUCGUUUGAGAUAUGAGCGAGGACACGUGCCCACCAUGCGUUUGCUGAACCACGCGGAGGAGCCCGAAGAAGUGCACAACAUUGAGACUUGGGAUAAUGAAACAAUAUUUGUGUUUUUGCACGAUCACCUUGAAAUGUGAACCAGUUUGUACUUGUACUCUGCUCUUCUCCUCGACUUCUAUGACGACGCGUUGACCAAAUCCUCCAUUCGAGGUCGUCUUCCGUCCGAUGUUACUCUUGUCCUGGAGGAAAGGGUGAAUGAGUACCCAAGUUACCCCCUCCCUUCUCUGUACUUUUUUUUCUCUCUUCACAUAUCAUCUUCAUCAAUCCAUGUCUGCUUAUUGACUAGUGACUCCGCGUCCGCAUGCGUUUGUUUCGUUUCUCACUUUAGCCUCGGUUGCUCAGUUUGUCGCAUAAAUUUGGUAUCUACGUCACGGCUCGUCUUAUUUUUUGACUUUCGUAUUUAACAAUAAUCUUUUGUCUUGGCUAAUGCCUUUGCCAGCUGCUACUGGCCACAAGCCUCUGUUCGAUCAGUGUUUACGCUUUAUGAUCUUCGAGUGUUACAAAGCGUUUCCGAAGCUUUUUCUGUGUACUAAAUCCUGCCACACCAUUUCACACAAAAGAGAAUAUGCGUUAUGAUCGAUUAAUUUUCAUCCUCGGGUUACUAAAACAAUUAGCAUGGAGUAUUUGAUAGUAUUGUUCUCCCUAGCAACUUCUUUUAUCUAGUCCUAAUUGCACUUCAGCUUAUUAGUGGGCUCAUCGUGCAGACUUCUACUUAACUAGUUACUCCUACAGAUUCACCGUUCAUUUUCACCAGGUAAUGCUUGUAAAUCC